AUGGCUUUCAAGUCUUUAAUAUUAGCCAUUGCCAUAAUGGCUGUAUUAUCAUCAAUGAGCCAUGCAUCUGAUCCUAGCCCUCUUCAGGAUUUUUGUGUUGCUGUUGAUGACACUAAGAAUGCUGUUUUUGUGAACGGAAAAUUUUGCAAGGAUCCAAAGCUUGUUGUGGCGGAGGAUUUCUUUAAAUCGGGUCUGAAUAUGCCUGGAAAUACUUCAAAUAAUGUUGGAUCUGCAGUAACUCCUGUGAACGUCAACAACUUACCAGGAUUGAACACUCUAGGCAUUUCUUUAGCUCGUAUUGAUUAUGCACCAUAUGGUCUCAACCCGCCGCACACGCAUCCUAGAGGAACUGAGUUUCUUGUUGUCCUUGAGGGUACACUCUAUGUUGGUUUUGUCCUAUCAAACCCUGGUCCAAAUAUGAAGAACAAGCUCUUUACCAAAAUUCUACAUCCUGGAGAUGUGUUUGUCUUCCCAAUAGGUCUCAUUCAUUUUCAAUUCAACCCAGGAAAGACUAAAACUGUUGCAUUUGCUGGACUCAGUAGUCAAAAUGCAGGAGUCAUUACUAUUGCAAAUGCAGUAUUUGGAUCAGACCCACCCAUCAGUGAUGAUGUUCUUGCGAAAGCAUUCCAAAUUGAUAAGAAAGGUAUUGAUUACCUCCAAUUAAAAUUCUGGUGGGACAACAACUAAAACUUUUAUUUCAAAAAAUACAUGAUCUACUAAUAGUUAUGGUUUUUAUGAAUUGCUUCGCUUUUGUCACAAAAAUAAGUAUUGAUCAUGUCAACUGGUUUGAUUUCCUCUCCAUUUUAGUGUGACGUACGUACAUUGGAUGAGGAUAUAUGUUAUGUGGUUUGUUAUAUGGAAUAAAAAUAAGUUUGUUGUUUGUGA